AGAACGCGCUUGCGCUCCCGGGGAGAAGCCCCGCCCCUUUCCCCGGGUAUGUCCUGGGAAACUGCUCGGCCGAGGCGGCCCGGAAGGAGGCCGCUGCUUUUCUUCGCCUCGUCUCCAGUAAGGGUGGUCGGCCGGUUCCAGCGACAUGAGGCCGGGGUGAACUUGCCUAACUGAGCUGCACCUCUUUGGCUGCUCCACCCGACUGAGUUGGGGGAGCUUAGGAUCCCUCUGGAGGGCAACACUCGGCUGCCAGGGCAGGAGAAUGAGCGGGCAGCGUGUGGAUGCCAAAGUUGUGAUGCUGGGCAAAGAGUACGUAGGCAAGACCAGCUUGGUGGAGCGAUAUGUUCACAACCGCUUCCUAGUAGGACCUUAUCAAAAUACAAUAGGUGCUGCAUUCGUGGCUAAAGUAAUGCAAGUGGGAGGCCGCACAGUAACCUUGGGUAUCUGGGAUACAGCUGGCUCAGAGAGGUAUGAAGCUAUGAGCCGAAUAUACUAUCGUGGAGCAAAAGCUGCCAUUGUAUGUUAUGAUCUUACUGACAGAAGCAGUUUCCAGAGAGCAAAAUUCUGGGUGAAUGAACUACAGAACUUUGAGGAAAACUGCAGGAUCUAUUUGUGUGGUACCAAAAGCGACUUACUUGAAGAGGAUAAGAGAAGACGAGAAAUAGACUUCCAUGAUGUACAGGACUAUGCAGAUGAGAUCAAAGCUGAGCUGUUUGAAACCUCAAGCAAGAGUGGACAGAAUGUAGAUGAGCUUUUCCAGAAGGUGGCUGAAGAUUAUGUGCAUUUUGCUGCCUUUGAGUUAACAGAGGAAAAAGGAGUUGAUCUGAAUCAAAAGAACACUACCACCUAUUUUUACAGCUGUUGUCAUCACUGAAUUCUUUAUUUUGCCAAAAGUAACAUUUUCCACCAGAGAUAGCAAUUCAUGCUUUUUCUGGUGGGUCACAUCUUCUACUUGCUAGUUGGAAUGCCUUGCCCUUUGGAUAUGUAGAACAUCAUUUGUUGGCCGUUAUCCAAGGAAACAGAAGAGAAAUAGAUCAAGGAUAUGAAUAUGCUGCAAAACGCGCUGCCUUGUUGAGUGGAAGACUUGAUUGCCUUGUGCUCCCUUCCCAGCAGAUAUUGACUAAAUUAUUGAACUGUGUCAAGAAUUAUUAUUUUUCAUCACUAUGCACAAGAGACCUUCUGCUGACUAGGGUUGUUUCUGCUAUUUUGAAGAUGUUGCCUGAUUCUUAAGCUUAUUUAAAUGGCUUCUAAUAAGUUAUCUACAUGUAAAUAAAAGGCAGUGUGGUCUUGUG